GUUUGUUUUAUGAAUUGGAGCGGUUGAGGCUGCAGAUUAAAAAAAAUGGCACAUGAGCAUGCCCAAAUGAAUGCCACAUUUGUAGGGUUACAAAUUGAUGCUGGAAAAAGGGUUGCCACUCCCAUCACUUCCAAUCUUAUUCCGGACCUUAAUUUGCCAAUCCAAACAGAUGAUGAUUUAGUUUGUUUAAAUCAAAAGUUAUCAGAAGAUACUAAAUUGUCUUCAAUUUUGGUUAGCCACCUUUCAAAUAUAUCUUAUGGCAAAAAUUUGUCCUUCUUUACCACUAACUUAUUAAAAAAAAUUUUUGUCAAAGAUGUUGCUCUGCAAUACAGUAGACUUGGGAGAAAGGGAAAGAAAUCUUUUGAAGACUUGAGAGAAAUAUUCCAUGUGCUUUUGGCUACAAUGGCACUCCGGUUUCCAGAAAUUAAACGUGAAGAGCUCUCUGAAAGACUUGGCAAGGUCCUCUCUAGUGCAAAAGAAUGGGGUAAUUCAAACAGGCCUCCCAAAUGGUCCACAAUUUUCUCAAAA